AUGGACCGUCUACCUUUUGAUGAGGUCUGCCUGGUGGAGGCCGAGAACAAGCGACUGAAGCAGGACGUGGAAAAGAUGCGUCGGCGAGUGGCGCGCUGGGAGGAGCUCGAAAAGGAGAACAUCACCGUUGAGACAUUGCGCAGUCUGAAGGGACGUGCAGACCGCCUGGACGCAGUUGAGAAGGAGAACGCCGAAUUGAGUGAAAAGAUAAAAAAAAUGCAGGAGAAGUUAACGGCCAACACACGAGGUCAGAGGGGAUCAGGCAGCUGGGAAGACAAGUUUCGGCGCGGAAUGGACUGUUCCAUGUUGGAGGUCAGCACACUGAGCGCCAGUCCCAGCAAGUCUGCACGCAGUCCUAGCAAGCCUGUAAACGGCCCCAGGUACCACGUGCCAGACCUGAAUCCUGGGCCCAAGAAGACACCUGACGACGUGGAUGGCUGCAAGCCCUCAUGAAGGAAGAAAACGGGUUUAAAUGCAUGUGUUUAAAGUGUUGUCCCAGAUAAGCUAUAAGGGUUAUUCUUUCUGCCUAGACUUGAUGGCUGAAAAACCCUUGUGGGAACGCUCACACUUUGCUAGAAAUACAUUAUGACUUCAAGUGCUUGAAAUGAAGUAGCAUUGAGCUGUUGAUUUGGUUCUAAAAUGUGUUUUAAAAUGUUUGCUACAUUUGUUAUUUCCAAGAGAUGUUUAUAAUUAUCUAAAACCAAAAAUGGCUUUGCGUUUGAAUGUGUUCAAAAUGACCCCAAAAAAUGUGAUAAUAUUUAGUAAAAUUUGUAGCUUUUUAUGUCCCCCACUAUAGUACUGUUGGUCUGUUGGUUGGUUGGUUGGUUUGAGCCAACUUUAACAUAUGCAAUAACUUUUGCAAUAUUGAAGAUAGGAACUUGAUAUUUGGCAUGCAUAUGUAUCUCACGGAGCUGCACAUUUUGAGUGGUGAAAGGUCAAGGUCAUCCUUCAAGGUCAAAGGUCAAAUUUAUGGGUCAAAUCGCUCAUUUAAUGUACACUUUUGCAGUAUUUCAAUAUUUAAGAUAGCAACUUGAUAUUUGGCAUGCAUGUGUAUCUCAUGGAGCUGCACAAUUUGAGUGGUGAAAGGUCAAGGUCAUCCUUCAAGGUCAGAGGUCAAAUAUAUGUGGCCCAAAUCACUAAUUUUAUGAAUACUUUUGCAAUAUUGAAGAUAGCAACUUGAUAUUUGCCAUGCAUGUGUAUCUCAUGGAGCUGCACAUUUUUAGUGGUGAAAGGUCAAGGUCAUCCUUCAAGGUCAAAUAUAUGGGUCAAAAUUGCUCAUGUAAUGUCACUCCUGCAAUAUUGAAGCUAGCAAUUUUAUAUUUGAAAUGCAUGUGUAUCUCAUGGAGCUGCACAUUUUGAGUGGUGAAGGGUCAAGGUCAUCCUACAAGGUCAAACAUCAUAUAGGGGGACAUUGUGUUUCACAAACACAUCUUGUUGUUUUCAUUCUUGGGGAAAUAAUUGUUUUUCAUUUGUUACAUUAUGGUUGAUUUCUUAAUCAAUAAAUUUCUAUGUUUUUAUCUAUGUCCAACAAGCCAAAAGUGUUUAAGCAGGAUUCCAGGAGAAGAAGGGCAUUCCAUUUUUUGCCACACACAUUAAAAUGAAUUCCAACCUGUUUUGUGCAUUUUCCAUUUGUACAGAUAGACCUGAUGUGUUUUUGUAAAGGCUAUUGUCAAAUUUAUUAAGUAUCACAGAGUAUAACUUGAUAUCAACAUCAACUUACUUUUACCUAACACAAUGUUAUAUGAAGUAUUUGCUGAAUUAAUGUGGAAACAGCACAAUUAAGUUCUGUAACUUACAAUUAAAAAGGUUACCUAUUUAACCCUUUCAGUGCGGGAACCGAAUUUUGAAGGCCUUUGCAAACAGUUUGGAUCCUGAUGAGACGCCACGUUCUGUGGCGUCUCAUCUGGAUCCAAACUGUUUGCUAUUCUGAAAGUAUUCUUUGAAAAAAAUCAAAGAAAAUGCUAAUUUUAGAAAUUCAGCAGACGACAUUUUAGCAGACGACAAAUUUCCCAGCAUGCAAAGGGUUAACAAUAAUCAUUAAGGAGGUCCGCACAUUCCCGCCUUUCAGGCCUAUAUAGUUUUGUAUAUAGUAAGGCUUCAUUACUAAAUGUUUAGAUUGUUUCAUAUGACUGAUAUAAAUGUUUGUAAAUACACAAGUAACUAUAAUAUAUUCAAUUUAUAUUUUGAUGCUCGUAUAUACACGACCUUUGUAAAUAUGUUUGGUUUGUACAGACUUGAUUCGCACAUAACAAGAAUUGUUUCUGUACAAAAAAAUUCGGGGAAGCAUAUAGUUCGCAGUUUGUCCUUACUUCCUUCUUUCCUUAAUUCACACUUUUGUUACACUAUCUCAUAGCGCCUUCAAUAAUACUUCCUUGUUUACUUCUUUCCUUCCUUCACAUUUUUGUUACACUUUCUCAUCGCGCCUUCAAUAAUAAUAGAUUUUCUCCAAGGGAGCAUCCAUCAUUUUCAACGAUACUUGUUAUGUUUACCGCACCUAGUGAGAGAAACACUUGAGAGAAACACUGGGCGUAGAAUCAAAUGUCAAUACCUGUAACUGAAUCAGAGUACCGGUAAUAUUUUUCCGUUUGUAUUGUAUAUUAGAUGAUUUUGAGUGUACUGUAGGCAUGCAGUUGAGAGACAUUGGAAAUUGUGUGGCAUUUUGUCUGUCAAUGAUAUUCUUGUGUGAAUAGUGUCAACAGUCUGCACCUAGCUACGUAUAUUAAAAUACUGCAUGCAAGUAAUAAUCUUUUGUUAUUGUUUGGAAAACGCACCAGAAAAGUAGAAAUUCUGAGUACAAAACAACAGACCUGAAGAUAAAACAAAAAAUAUACAUGUAUUAUCGUUUUUACUCAGGUGUUGAAGUCUUUGUAGGUAUUGCUAUUACAGUGUUACACAACGGUAAUACAUAAAGAUAGAUAUAAUAAGGAUGUCACCCUUUAUGUACCAGUCCCCUUAUGUACCACCCCUUUAUGUACCACUAUCUGACCCUAUAUGUACCAUAUAUAUAAUAUAUAGAGAUAAGUAAUAUAUGGUUUAAUAUGAAGGUGUGUUAAUAAUUAAAUGUAUUUUGUGACAUAUUAUUUAUGAAUUUAUACUUACAAGUAAAUUCGUAGAAUUGAUAUCCCCCGCAACAUAUGCUUUGUUUGAGGAUGGGCGCAAAUCGGACGGAUGAACAAACUGACAGAUUUUUUCAAGAUACAAAGGGCCAUAACUCUGGUUUUAACAGAUGGUGUACAAUGCCAUUUGGCGUGAAUCAUCCUCUUAUGCAUAUAUAUACUCAUACGAAGUUUCAAUGAAAUACGCCAAAGCAAUUCCAAGAUAUGGCUCCAGACAAAAAAGUGACGGAAGGACGGACAGCUGUACGGACAGCCGGACAACACCAAAACAAUAUCCCUCCGCCUCUGGCGGGGGAUAUAUACUUAUACCAAGUUUCAAUGAAAUCCGCCAAAGCACUUCCAAGAUAUGGCUCCGGACACAAAAGUGCCUAUAGUAAAAAGCAUUUUUAACCAGGUUUUCUGAAGGAAAUUAACCAGGUUUUCCGAAGGAAAACACUGGUUAUUAGAUUGGCUGGCGGGCUGGCGGAACAAGCUUGUCCGGGCCAUAACUAUGUCGUUCAUUGUCAGAUUUUAAAAUCAUUUGGCACAUUUGUUCACCAUCAUUGGACGGUGUGUCGCGCGAAAUAAUUACAUCGAUAUCUCCAAGGUCAAGGUCACACUUUGAGUUCAAAGGUCAAAAAUGGCCAUAAAUGAGCUUGUCCUGGCCAUAACUAUGUCAUUCAUUGUGAGAUUUUAAAAUCAUUUGGCACAUUUGUUCACCAUCAUGGGACGGUGUGUCGCACGAAAGAAUCACGUCAAUAUCUCCAAUGUCAAGGUCGCCACGACUAAAAAUAGAUUU